AUUAUAGUUAUAUAAAAAAUAGUUGUUAAUUACACUUGAAUUCAUAUACUAUGGUUCGGGAAAUUUAGAGCGGACCUUCAAUUCAAAGUGACGUAAAAAAGAAACCAUAUCUAAAAAGACAUGUAAAUAUUUAUGGAAAUCAUUCAUUUUCAAGACUACGACGAUGCUGUUGUAAUGAGAUCUUCGCUUCAUUCUCUGUUUCAAAAUACCAAAAAUCAUCACUCUAACGCCAGGGGUAAUAAUUCGAGACGAUCGUCCACAGGCGCCGAACUGGAGGAAUCAGACUCCCAGUUCACCUACAGUAAUUCAAGCAGUCCGCAGAGAAAAAUGGAGGAUCCUACUGAUGACGAUGAUCCCAGUAAAUAUUCUCCGAAGGUUCAAAUAAUCGCGGCUAGAGGGGACAAUAUCAUUGCUGUAGCCAACCCUGCAUUAGCCAUGUCUCCAGCAAUAAUUCCUAAGUUGACACCAAUCAAGGAGGCAAGAGAAAAUCGAGCUGAAAUAGAUUGACCAGACUAUUUUAUUUACAUUUCAUAGUUUCUUUCUUUAACACACUGUAAUACUGUGAUUUAAUAUUUUAUCUGAAAAGUUAGAGUUGACUGAUACUUUGUAAGUUUUAUUGUAAGCAGCAGUUUUGCUAGGUAUAUUUUCAUAAUGUAAAGUACAAUCCCUUGUAGCUGUUGUUGAUGAGUUUUAUUUAAAUGUGUGAUUUUUCAA